CCUCGCCUUAUGCCAUUGGGGGAGUCGCGAGUUGUCCAAAUGAUUAGCCAAUCAUGGGAAGUUUGCAACGUAAGCACCGCAGCCCUCGUUUUUAGUCGCCUUUGCGAGCAUACAAUUAUCUUCAAGCUGGAUCCUAAAACUCCCCAUAAUUCUAUUCGCUACGAUUGUACGUCCGCUAACAAACUACGGGUGGCUGAAAACACAAUCAUCGCGAAGUGUCUUCUUAAUUUGAGGGCUGAGGGGAUAGGGUGUGUCUUAAGUGUUUGGACCGCACACCUGUUCGCGAUGAUUGUACAUCCGCUAAAUCAGCCAAAACUUAAAACCCACAUCAACAUGGAGAAGUAAACAUACAAGUGUUAGAAAGUUUACUUGAAGUUGUCAUACACAAGAUCGCAUACCAAUGAAAAAUCAAACAUAUUUCUGGGUUCUGGUGGACCUCUGUCUCAUGCUGACUCAGACUGGAGUUGGUAUCAGAGUCAUCUCUUACAAUGGCCGCCCAACAGUGACUCAGGGACAACACGCAGACUUGACCUGUGAGCUCAUGGAGACAAACGAGGAGCUCAUCCAGAUCUCAUGGCAGAAGAGUACCAGGGGUUACCGUGCCAACCACAACUUCUUCUUCAUCACCCCUAGCCAGGGUCCAUCACAUGUCAAGGGGCGGGGGGACAGGGUGGGCUUCAUUGGGAACACCACUGCGCUGGUGGGCUCUAUCCGACUGGGGGAUGUGUCCCUGACUGAUGAGGGCGUCUACACUUGCAUCUUCACUGUGUUCCCCAGUGGGCCAUACAAGGCAGAGAUCCACCUCAAUGUCCAAAUUCCUCCUGUGAUUUCGGUUGCUGUGGAGACUCCACCCGUGGUUGCUGAGGGGCAGGAGAGCAUCUUGGCCACAUGCACAGCGGCUAACGCCAAGCCCCCUGCAGAUGUACGGUGGAGCACGGCCAGUGCAAGACAACCACUGAGUCUGACAACCUCAACCAACACUACACUGAAUCCAGACGACACCGCCACGGUGAGGGUCCACCUGAAGGGAGAGCCCUCCAGAGUCAUGCACCAACAGGAGGUUCAGUGCCUGGUGAACCACACCACUCUGAGCCAGCAGAAGGUUGUUCCCUACGAGAUCGAUAUACACUAUCCUCCAAAUUCGGUCAAAAUCAUCAUUCAUGAGAAGCCACCCCAGGCACCGGCGUUUCAGUGUGUAGUAGAUGCCAACCCCCCUCCAUCAGAGUUCACAUGGAAGAGACUGAAUAGAUCAAACCUCAGUGAGACUGGGGGCUUGUUGGAGUUAGUGAAGGUGGGCCCUGACUUCAGUGGUCUGUACAGCUGUGAGGUGUCCAACCCAUACGGAGCAGCAUCUGGUUUCCUAUAUGUGCAUAAAGUUGAUCAGCGCUCCAUUGUACCAGUAGCCUUGUGGGUUUUCCUCCCCAUACUCCUCCUCUUCCUCUGCAUUGUAACUGUAUCACUCUGGCUGUUGUUUUCCAGAGGACCCCUGAGAGGGAGAGCCAUGGCACUGUUUUUUUGUAGUGGAGAGGCCAUCCAAAACCCAGGAAGGGUAAGCCGUAAAGAACUGCAGGAUUCUCCAGUGUGUGAGUCCGUUGAGGUUGAGAAACAGAAUGUUGCGGUUUGAUAAGGAUUGUGUUGAUUGGGUAACAUGAGGGGUUCCGCGAUGUUAGAAACAGGGUCAUGUUUUGUUUUUGUGCUCUUGCCUUUUUGUUGUUGUUCUAACUAGCAUCUAAACUGUUUAGAAUUCCACAGCACACUACUGUACACAAGUGUGAAGAUGAUUUCUAUGGGGAUUUCUACGUUUUUGUUAUGGUCUUGACUGUUUAUGUAAAAAUGUUCAGACACAGUUUUGUUAAGAGUUUGUAAUGGUAAAACUGUACCUCGACAUACGAGAUUGUAUUAGGCGUAAGAGUGUACAGCAUUAAUCGUUUGAAUUAUACAAAUUCCUCAAGCAAGUUUAAAUAUCACUGUAUUUGUGUAGACCUAUUAUGUCAUACAGUACUGUGUUGGAAUGUGGCAGUUACUUUGGUAUAAAAUAACUACAUGGUUUGACCAUU